AUGAUGAGCUUCGGCGGCGGCGGCGCGGAGGCGCUGCUGGGCGGCCCGUUCGCGCCGCUGCACGGAGGUGGCGGCGGCCUGCACUACGCGCUGGCCCGCAAGGGCGGCGCGGGCGGCUCGCGCUCGGCGGCCGGCUCCUCCAGCGGCUUCCACUCGUGGGCGCGGACGUCCGUGAGCUCCGUGUCGGCUUCCCCCAGCCGCUUCCGCGGGGCGGGCGCCGCCUCGAGCACCGACUCGCUGGACACGGUGAGCAACGGGCCGGACGGCUGCGUGGUGGCGGCGCGCAGCGAGAAGGAGCAGCUGCAGGCGCUCAACGACCGCUUCGCCGGCUACAUCGACAAGGUGCGGCAGCUCGAGGCGCACAACCGCAGCCUGGAGGGCGAGGCGGCGGCGCUGCGGCAGCAGCAGGCCGGCCGCGCCGCCAUGGGCGAGCUGUACGAGCGCGAGGUGCGCGAGAUGCGCGGCGCCGUGCUGCGCCUGGGCGCGGCGCGCGGGCAGCUGCGCCUGGAGCAGGAGCACCUGCUGGAGGACAUCGCGCACGUGCGCCAGCGCCUCGACGACGAGGCCCGGCAGCGCGAGGAGGCCGAGGCGGCGGCGCGCGCCCUCGCGCGCUUCGCGCAGGAGGCCGACGCGGCGCGGGCGGAGCUGCAGAAGAAGGCCCAGGCGCUGCAGGAGGAGUGCGGCUACCUGCGGCGCCUCCACCAGGAAGAGGUGGGAGAGCUGCUCGGCCAGAUCCAGGGCUGCGGCGCCGCGCAGGCGCAGGCGCAAGCCGAGGCGCGCGACGCCCUCAAGUGCGACGUGACGUCGGCGCUGCGUGAGAUCCGCGCGCAGCUGGAAGGCCACGCGGUGCAGAGCACGCUGCAGUCCGAGGAGUGGUUUCGAGUGAGACUGGACCGCCUGUCGGAAGCAGCCAAAGUGAACUCAGAUGCCAUGCGCUCAGCCCAGGAGGAAAUCAGUGAGUACCGGCGUCAGCUGCAGGCCAGGACCACAGAGCUGGAGACACUGAAAAGCACCAAAGAUUCCCUCGAGAGACAGCGCUCUGAGCUGGAGGACCGUCACCAGGCUGACAUUAUGUCCUACCAGGAAGCCAUUCAGCAGUUGGACAAUGAGCUGAGGAAUACAAAGUGGGAGAUGGCAGCCCAACUGCGGGAAUACCAAGACUUACUCAAUGUCAAGAUGGCCUUGGAUAUUGAGAUUGCUGCUUAUAGAAAACUCUUGGAAGGCGAAGAGUGUCGGAUUGGCUUUGGCCCCAGUCCUUUCUCUCUCCCAGAGGGACUCCCGAAAAUUCCCUCUACAUCCACUCACAUAAAAGUCAAAAGUGAAGAGAAGAUCAAGGUGGUAGAAAAGUCAGAAAAGGAAACCGUGAUUGUGGAGGAACAGACAGAAGAGAUCCAAGUGACUGAGGAAGUGACUGAAGAAGAGGAGAAAGAGGUCCAAGAGGAAGAAGGGGAAGAAGAGGAGGAAGCAGAAGAGGCAGGAGAAGAAGAAGAAGAAGAAAAAGAAGCAAUAGCAGCAAAAUCUCCCUCAGCAGAAGAGGCCGCAUCCCCAGAAAAGGAGAUGAAAUCCCCAGUGCAGGAAGAGACCAAGUCCCCAGUGAAGGAAGAAGCAAAAUCACCAGCUGAGGCCAAGUCCCCCGCUGAGGCGAAAUCCCCUGAGACAGCCAAGAGUCCAGCAAGGGAGGAAGCCAAGUCCCCAGAGAAGGCCAAGUCUCCCGUGGAAGAGGUCAAGUCCCCAGACAAGGUCAAAUCCCCUGCAGAGAUCAAGUCCCCUGAGAAGGUCAAGUCCCCAGAGAAAGAAGAAGCCAAGUCCCCUGAGAAGGCCAAGACUCUGGAUGUGAAGUCUCCAGAAGCCAAGACCCCAGUGAAGGAAGGAGCAAGGUCUCCUGCAGAUGUCAAAUCCCCGGAAAAGGCCAAAAGCCCUGUGAAGGAGGAAGCCAAGGCUCCAGAGAAGACCAAGUCCCCCGUGAAGGAGGAAGCCAAGUCCCCGGCAAAGGAGGAGGCCAAGUCCCCUGCGAAGGAGGAGGCCAAGUCCCCGGCGAAGGAGGAGGCCAAGUCCCCUGCGAAGGAGGAGGCCAAGUCCCCUGCGAAAGAGGAGGCCAAGUCCCCUGCGAAGGAGGAGGCCAAGUCCCCUGCGAAGGAGGAGGCCAAGUCCCCUGCGAAGGAGGAGGCCAAGUCCCCUGCGAAGGAGGAGGCCAAGUCCCCUGCGAAGGAGGAGGCCAAGUCCCCUGUGAAGGAGGAGGCCAAGUCCCCUGCAAAGGAGGAGGCCAAGUCUCCAGAGAAAGCCAAGUCCCCUGUGAAGGAAGAGGCCAAGUCCCCUGCGAAGGAGGAGGCCAAGGCUCCUGUGAAGGAGAUUCCCAAAAAGGAAGAGGUAAAGUCCCCUGUAAAGGAGGAGGUGAAAGCCAAAGAACCCCCAAAGAAGGCAGAGGAAGACAAGACUCCAGCCACACAAAAAGCCGAGGGAAAGGACAGCAAGAAGGAUGAGAGUCCCAAAAAGGAGGCCUCAAAGCCCGUGGCUGAGGAGAAGAAGGAAGCUGCUGUGGAAAAGCCCCAAGAACCCAAAGUGGAAGCCAAGAAGGAAGAGGGUGGAGAUAAGAAAAAAGCAGCAACCCCUGAGAAGGAGGCUCCUGCCAAGGUGGAGGUGAAGGAAGAGGCUAAACCCAAAGAGAAGACAGGGGAGGCUAAAGCCAAAGAGCCCAGCAAACCUGCAGAGAAAGAGCCAGACAAGUCAAAGAAAGAAGAGACACCAGCAGCACCAGAAAAGAAAGAUACCAAAGAGGCAACAGAAGGCAAGAAGCCCGAGGAGAAACCCAAAGCAGAGGCCAAGGGUAAGGAGGAUGACAAAAGCCUCCCUAAAGAGCCCAGCAAGGAGGCCCCUGCGCCCAGCAAACCCAAGACAGAAAAGGCUGAAAAAUCCUCCAGCACAGACCAAAAAGACAGCAAGCCUCCAGAGAAGGCCGCAGAGGACAAGGCCGCCAAGGGGGAGAAGUAAAGCGGGGAGAAAGAAAACAUCCAGAGCAGCCAAAGAAACUCAGGAGGGUCCCGGAGCUCAAGGGUCAGUGUAAUGAAUUUUCCUUUCCUUUUGUCCUCCCUUUUUCUUUCUGUAAGAGGAAACUGGCCAUGGGCCCUCCGUCACCAAAUAAGAAUUCCUUUUAGUAAUUGGAUAGCAAGAGAGAGUACACUCAGCUCCAGUACACACUGGAGUGUACUCUUCAACCCUCCCAAGGCGAUGGACAAUUAUGUUAUGAUAGCUUCCGUAGCCGAAUGUGAUGUAUGCUGAAUGCCACACAUAAACACUUGACUUCAGAAACUGCCCCCUCCUUUCCAAUUAAGUGCAUUAAUUUCCUGUAUGUACCACUGACAGAUGACCGCAAUAAUGAAUGAGCAGUUAGAAACGCAUAAUGCUUGAGAUGUCUUAACCUAUUCCCGAAUGCCUUCUGUUUUCCAAACGAGUGGUCAGGUCCCAGCCCAGCGCUCUUACUGUGGAAG